AUGACGGGGAGGGCAGAGGCGGGAAGCCUCAACUUAAUGGCAUACUGCAGCCAGUUUCUGCGCUGUCGGGUCAUCGCCCAGCCCCUGCUGCGGCUACAGCUCCUCCUCCUACUGCUGCAGCUAGUGCUGCUGCUGCUACCGCCGUCCUGCGCUUUGCGAGAAGUGACAUGCCCAACUCCCAGAUCUGUUGCACAUGCAGAUAUUCAGGUAAAGAGUUACAGUGUGAAGUCCAGGGAGCGAUAUGUUUGUCAUUCGGGCUUCAAACGUAAAGCCGGGACGUCCAGCCUUACUGAGUGUAUUCUGGACCAGAGCUCGAACAUUGCCCACUGGAGAGAACCCAAUCUGAAAUGCAUCCGAGAUCCCUCCCUGGUUCAGCCUUCCUCAACAAUGUCAACAAAGGAAUUUCUCACCUCUUCUGAGAAAGGCUUCACUGUAGAACCAGAAGCUUCCACAUCACUCAAGUCAGACACCACAGUGGCAACAGAGACAGUCGUGGUGUCAACCUCUAACUCCUUCUCAUCAACCACACAUACAGCAUCUUCAGCAUUAGCAGGUACGAUCUUGAAGCCAGUCUCCGAGGAGAUAUCAUCAGAACCACCUUCUGCAACAGUCAUAAUGACAACCCGAAACUGGUCCUUCACAGUCUUGGCUCAAACAACAGCACAGACCGUGGAACAAUCCUCCCCCAGUACCCAUGGGAUAAUACCAGCACUUGUUAUCGUAUAUGCAGCAUAUCGUCUCUGCAACAGAAGAAGGAAUCCAAUUGAAGAAAACCCUGUUGGGAUGGAAAGAAUACCAAUGGCAAGGAGAGCUGACAACAGAGAAGAAGACGUAGACAGCUAA